AUGAAUGGGCGUCAGAGGCUGUGCAUUCAUCUCUUGUGUCUGCAAGAAUUUGAAAACAAAAAGUGCUGUGAGCUGACCCAGCUGGAUGAAGAAGGUAUGAGAGAAAAACAGGAAUGUAACUGCUUACUUAAAAAGGACCUCACAGGGGGACUGCAGGUCCUGGCUUGUGGAGAAAAGCUGAAGCCUACAGCCACACCAACUGCUGCUCCAGAUGUGGACAAGGCUUCAUCCAUGGCCAUCAAGCCCAACAUCUCUGUCCUGCUGAUAAUCCACCCCUACUCUGUUCUUCUGUGGUUUCGGGGGAGAAUCCUUGAUAAUGAAGAUACACACUCUCUUAGUUGCAACGUCACUGUCAGAGUUCGUCCCACAUCUGGACAGCCCAGGUAUGAAGGACUGUGCUCACUGGAUGGAGAACCUUUCCUUCAGUAUGAUAAUGUCAACAAAGCCACACCUUUGGGUGACCUGGGAAAGGCGGUACAUGACACUCAAGUAUGGACAGAUUUGAUCCAAAGGCUGGAAUACUUGGGGCAAGAGCUCAGGAAGAUGCUGGCUGACACCAAACAAGAGACGACUGACCCCAGUGGUCACGACACUUUACAGGCCAGCAUGGAUUCUAAGUACAAACAAGGACACAUCAUUGGUGCCUCCUGGCGAUUUAACAUCAGUGGAAAGUACUUCUUCAUCCUGAACACAAUGAAUAUGAGCCGGACACCAAUUAGUCCUGAAGCCAGAGGUAUCAUGAAUGAUGAGCAAUUCAUAAAAGAUCUCAAGGUAAUCUCCACAGCAGACUCCAGUCACUGGCUCAAGGAACUCUUAAAGCACCAGAAGGAAAAGCCAGACAGAAAUCAGCAGCAGCCCAUGAACUGUUCCAUCAACUGCUACAAGCCACAGAGGAAAGAGAGGCUCAUGGAGCCAAAUGGUGGUGGUCCUUUUCUAUAA